AUGGAAACCAAGAGCUCAAAGAAGCAUGGAGUGGAUCUUGAUGGAGGCAGUGCCCAUAAGGAGGCCGUAUUGGGUGGCUCCCAAGGGGCUACUCUAGGCGGUGCUCAUGGGAAGGGAGCUCAGGCGAUGCCAACCCAGGCGGCACCAGGCCAAGUCAUGGCCGAUGCCCAAGGUGAUCUUGGCGUGGGCAACUCUCAUACUGCUCCUUUAGGUAGUUCCAGGCGGGGCAUGAGUAGGGGCGAUGGUGCCUUUGGGACCAUUGGAAUGACAUCAGGCAUUAGAAAAAAGACUUUGGUCAACCUUUGCAGUAUGGUGGGAAGAAAAAAUGGUGUCGGAGAGCUGCAAAGAGGGUCCUUAAAAGAGACAGGCGGCACCUGUCAUGAGCUAGGCGGUGCCCACUGUGCACUGGGCGGCGCCCCAAUCAUCCUAGGAGUGGUUCAAGCCUCCUUUAAUGAGGCCAGUGAUGGGUAUAUCGCUCAAGGUGCUGAGUUUCUUCUUCUAGACCAUGGUGGUGACUUGGUACCCUGGGUAGUGUCAAGAAGUGGUCAAUCAGUGAGUUGGAUAAAACGAGCUCUCGAG